AUGCAGGAAGCAGCAGUCGACGCUGACCGGGUGUAUCUGGCUGCAAUUGAUAAGUUCGAUGCCAUGUUGUCGAGAAGCAACACUUAUGCUCCAGAAGCUCUCUACAGAUGGGGCACUGCACUGCAGCAGCGGUCCUAUCUGCGGCCUCUGAACAGCAGGGAUAAGGUGAGGCUUCUGGAGCAGGCGAAGAGCUUGUUCGAAGAUGUGCUAUAUGUGGAAGCAGACAACAAGAUGGUGAAGGAGGCGCUGUCAUCGUGCAUAUCAGAGCUCAACUACCAUGGCCGAUGGUUAUAG